GUCGUCAGAUGCACCAACAAAAUUCUACUAAAACUCAUCCAUGCAGCAUUGGAGACAGACGUUACAAACUUGUGUUUGCUGUAGUAGGCUGCUAGCAUUAAAAAUGUUGAAUAAUUCACAAUUAUCAGUCCAGAUUCCAUCAGUAAUUAUUUUUCUAUUCUGUACAUCGUUACUGCAUCUACUAAAUAAUGUGCUGUGUACCUUGAAACUGCUGCUUCACUAUUCAUUCCGUAGGGGUAAAAAGAAAUGAGGUUGCUGAGAAGGUUGUGUGUGAGAGUGUUGUGCUCGGCUUGCUGAGAACACCAUGAUUGGUGCACGUGUCUCAUCCUACCUCCUUAGUGCUUUCUUUCCUGUCAAAGUGACAUGAACGACAUGUGGUGCAUGGUUACGCAUCGCAUGCUUGGCCCAGUUGCACCUCUCCCUCUGCAGCUGGGCUGGCACGCUCCACUGCUCAGUUGUGUGACUGUCUGCUAAUGAAAACAUGGCAGGGCUCUUGUGUGGAACAAAAAAGAGCAGAAGCAAAGUGAGUGACCUACAAGAAGAAGGUAAAAAUGCCAUCAACGCUCCCCUAUCUCCAAUACCAACAGAUAUUAUUCAUCCAGAGGACACAUUGCUAGACGAGAAUGAAGAACGUACUAUGAUUGAGCAAUAUUCCAAGGAAGAAGCAAAGUAUAAAGAACUAGUAAAGGUUCUAAUUGACUGGAUUAACGAUGUCCUUGUUGAAGAAAGAAUAAUAGUGAAGUCACUUGAGGAAGAUCUGUAUGAUGGUCAGGUUCUGCAGAAGUUGCUCGAGAAACUUGCAGGUCGAAAACUGAAUGUUGCUGAAGUGACUCAGUCUGAAAUAGGCCAGAAACAGAAGCUUCAGACCGUAUUGGAAUCCGUAAACAACCUACUUCGACCUCAAGGGUGGGCAAUCAAAUGGAGCAUUGAUUCAAUCCAUGCGAAAAAAACUGUGGCUAUUCUUCACCUUCUCGUGGCUUUGGCCAUGCAUUUUCGAGCCCCUGUUAGAUUGCCAGAACAUGUCUCCGUGCAGAUGGUAGUUGUGAGGAAGCGAGAAGGGAUCCUUCAAACAUCACAUGUUACAGAGGAGUUUACCAGCACUACAGAGAUGAUGAUGGGAAGGUUUGAACGAGAUGCAUUUGAUACACUAUUCGACCAUGCGCCUGAUAAACUCAGUGUUGUUAAAAAGUCGCUUAUCACCUUUGUGAAUAAACAUUUGAACAAACUCAACUUGGAGGUGACAGAACUGGAGACACAGUUUGCAGAUGGUGUGUACCUGGUGUUACUUAUGGGUCUUCUUGAAGAUUAUUUUGUUCCUCUCUACAAUUUUUAUCUGACACCAGAAAGUUUUGAACAGAAGGUCCAUAAUGUAUCGUUUUCCUUUGAGCUCAUGCAAGAUGGAGGAAUUAAGAAACCAAAAGCUCGACCAGAAGAUGUGGUAAAUUUGGAUCUGAAGUCAACGCUCAGAGUGCUUUACAAUCUGUUCACAAAAUACAAGAACGUGGAGUGACGGCCAACAUAACCACGAUGUGCUCAGACAGAAAUAUUACCAGUUAAUUACCGGGACUGAUUCCUAAGUACAUGUGCCUUACCAAGUUUAUAUUAGUAUCACUUUCUUGGUUUUUUUUGUAAUUGGAAGAUGCCAUUUUGUGAUUUCUUAAACGAGCAGUGUUUUCCCUCUCUCUGGGUACAUUUCCUCCUCCGAAACCAUUCUGCCUUCCCCAGAGGCCUCGAGCAUGAUAUUAUUGCACCACCACUGGAACUUGGCUCCUUCUCUAUCUUUCACCCUUCAUUAUGAAGUGAGUCUCCACUGUCAGACGCAGCUUCACUAUGCAGAGUAUUGGGCCAUUCUCCGGCCUGUUUUAAUUGUGAUAGAAUGUAAAAGCUCCACAUGUGUAACUUUCCGAGGACUAGGCAGUCUAACAGAACACAGACUUCCUUCAUUGGCCUAAAACAUCGUCUUCAAAGGAAGAAGGAUUCCGACCCGAAAACGCCGGGCAUCUUUUUUCUCCAGAGAUUCUGCCUGACCCGCCGAGUUACUCCAGCACUUUGUGUCCAUCUUCCUUGAAUGUUGCUAUUGAUUACAGUUGGAGGAAUCCAUACACAAAUGAUGGGUAGAAAUUUAACGCAGGAGUGGUCCUCCGCCCCCAAACUCCAAGCAAACUUUGUGAACAAAGUUGCUAUUUUUAACUAGAUAUAGUUGUCAUGAAAUAUGAAUGUUUUUCUUUUGGGUCUGCUCGCCUAUCAGUUAACCCCAAGGAUGGUUGAAAUUAAUAUUAGACAGUCAGACAGUGGGCUUUGUUCCUGUGUUUAAGAAGGAACUGCAGAUGCUGGAAAAUCGAAGGUAGACAAAAGUGCUGGAGAAACUCAGCGGGUGCAGCAGCAUCUAUGGAGCGAAGGAAAUAGGCAACGUUUCGGAACGAAACGUUGCCUAUUUCCUUCGCUCCAUAGAUGCUGCUGCACCUGCUGAGUUUCUCCAGCACUUUUGUCUACCUUGGGCUUUGUUCCUGUACUGUGCUGUCAACUUGCACAGUCCUUUGCUCCAGGCCUUACAGCUGAAGGGGUGAGCAGACAUCCUUUCAAGCUAGAAUUAAGGCAUUGUGUGAUAAACGGCUCCUUUCCCGAAUCAGGUAUCUCUACAACUGUGCAGGUGAGACGUAGAACUUUGAAGAUGCAGCCUCCUGUAUGUCGCUACUGCAUUACUGUGAGCAGAGAUCCCUUAUCACAGCACCAAUGCAACUUGUUAUUAUUAUUAUUAUUAUUAGUGUAAUCAAAUGAUACUUGUGUCAUUACUGCAGCAUUACUGUAAGCAGAGGUCCCUGAUCACUGCACCAAUGCAACUCAUUAUUCUUAUUAAUGUAAACACAAAAUACUUGUGUCAUUAUUUGCAGUGGGGUAUUGCACAAGAUCGGAAAUUCCACUUGUACAUUCUACCCAAUUCUAAGGAGCAUGUGCGCGUUCCUUAAAGCUAGGAUAAGCGAACGUAUUGUAGAAGAAGGGUUGGGCUUGGUAUAAGUGUAACUUGUCCUGAGUUUGUAUAGGAUACUGUUCAUCUGCAGGGAUCCUUGGCAGUGCAAACUCAGUGGGCGGAAGGCCCUGUUUCCGCGCUGCAUCUCUAAACUAAACUAAACUAUGAAUGACAAAUAGCGAUCUGUGAUCAAUUGUCAAUGUUAAAUGCAACGACAAACAAUUAAUGCAAUGAAGAUAAAGUUCUCACCCAAAUGCAUUAAAUUCCUCUUCAAAUAUCGCACAUCCGAGCUGGAUAUUGAGCUUGAGAAGCACAUGGUUGCUACAGUGAUCCCAGUUUCACAGAUCCUAAUUUAAUGCACCAACGAGUUGUGUUUUGAGAAUAGUAAUAAGUACAGGGUCAAAAGACUAAAUUUAAAAGGAACUUAAUCAUUUCAGUAUAUCGAUGUAUUUUAUUGACCGUCUAGUGCUGUGAAAUGUAGUGAAAGGGAAUGAAAAUAAUGACUGCAGGGGAAACUGAAGUAUUAAUGUGUUCUGCAACCAAUUGGUGGCACUGCAGCACAAGCAGACUGCAAACUACAAUUAUGUCUUCAAAGACAUUUGACACUGCAGAAAACCACCUGCUCUUUGGGUGAUCAGCAUGAACUCUCGUGUCAGAAGUACUUUGACAUGGAUUUAUGCAACUGUAUGAAAUAUUUAUUAAGAGUCAAAAUCUUCCCCUCGAUAUUGUUGAUAGAAAGAAUACAAAGUAAGAAUGCAUUGCUCAACUUGUAGAAAUCUCCUCCUCGUUGACAGGAAGAAUUUCGCCUGCAUAUAGGGUCACAUACAUUAAGCACUGGCUGAUGGGUGGUGUUAAGGCUUUACAAGAAGCACACUUGUAUAGGUCUCCAAUCUGCAUCCUGUUCCCUUUAAUGUCAUAAUCCAGAGGGGACUCAGCAAUCUGGACUGAGCUCAGUUUUAGUGCUUUUUUUAUGAGCCUGCUGAUUGAUUCUUCCAGAGUAUCGUUGGAGAUAAUGAAAUUAAUUACUCGUAAGCCACGGUGGCAUAGCGCUAGAGCUACUGACUAACAGUGCCGGAGACCUGGGUUUGAUCCUGACUACAGGUGCUUGUCUGUACGUUCUCCCCGUGACCUGCGUGGGCUUUCUCCACGAUCUUUCAGUUUCCUCCCCACUCCAAAGACGUACGUUUGUACGUUAAUUGGCUUGGUGUAAAUGUAAAAAUUGUCCCUAGUGUGUGUGUGUGUGUAGGGUAGUGUCAAUGUGCGGGGAUAGCUGAUGGGUGAGGACCCGGUGGGCUGAAGGGCCUGUUUCCGCACUAUGUCUCAAAACUAAACUAAAAAAAAUUAAAAGCCUUUUUGUGAACCUAGGACCCGAACAAAACUUCCGUUGUGUGCAGAAAGUGUGUUAUUAGAUAUUAAUAUUUCUAUUUUCCUGCAAAUGCUUCUCUAUGAUUGCAUUGUAAACUCUUUAUACGUUUAUAAUUGAAGGGAAGUAAAAAAAAAAAUCAAUACAAAUAGACUGACUGUAAAAUAAUCACAUGAAAAUGAUAUUUGAGCAUUGGAGAAAAAGAUAUUGCUUGCAGUUGUGGCUAAAUUUAAUAACGUGAAGGACGAGUGGCAGAAAAUAUUUUACAGCCUUAAAUUUAUAAAUUAUAUACUUUAUCAAUUGCAAUAAAUUGUUAUCAUUGCAUGAUAUUGCCACGUAAGGUGCCAGUUGGAAGUUACUAAUUAACUGGACGGCUAACUUGCAGUGAUAAGCAAUAAUUUACUUGAAGUACGUUUUGAAGAAAAUGAUAAUUUUGAAUGUAGCUGAUGUAGCUAAUUUUACUAAGUUAUAGUCACUGGACAAUUGCAUAUUACUUGAAGUUUGUACGUUAGGACUGUAGGUCCCCCUUUCAGAUAUUGAACUGUAUUAACUCAGUAGAAAGAUUAGUGAUGUUUUUUUUCUCCUAACUUAAUAAUUUUAAAUUAUUUCAGCAUGUGAAGUAAAUUUCUUCGGAGUGUAUGUCUAGUCACCUUGAGAUCUUUCCAAAAAUUAUGCUAUUUGCAAACUAAUUCUCAUGAAAUAUCUCCAGCCCGAACUGUUAGCUCUGUUUUUCUUUCCACGGAUGUUUUCUAACCUAUUGUGUUUCCUACCUUUUCUGUUUUUAUUUGAAAUCGCCCUUCUGCUGAUACCUCAUUGUUCCUGAAUUUCAAUGUCAUAAGUGAUAGGAGUAGAAUUAGGCCAUUUGGCCCAUCUAGUCUACUCCGCCAUUCAAUCAUGCUGAUCUAUCUCUCCCUCCCAACCCCGUUCUCCUGUCAUCUCCCCAUAACCUCUGAACCUGUACUAAGAACAAAUCUAUCUCUCUCUGCCGUAAAAAUAUCCACUGACGGCCUCUACAGCUUUAUGUGGCAAAGAAUACUACAGAUUCACCACCUUCUGACUAAAGAAAUUUCUCCUCAUAUCCUUCCUAAAAUAAUGUCCUUUAAUUCUGAGGCUAUGACCUCGAGUCCUAGAUUCUCCUACUAGUGGAAAUAUCCUCUCCACAUCCACUCUAUCCAAGCCUUUCACUAUUCUGUACGUCAUAAUUUUCUAAAGGAACUCAGUGCUGCAGGAACUCAGCGGGUCAGGCAGCAUCUCUGGAGGAAAAGAAUGGGUAAUGUUUCGGAUCAAGACCUGAAAAGUCACCUAUCCUUUUUCUCCAGAGAUGCUGCCUGACCUGCUGAGUUACUCCAACACUUUGUGUCAAUCGUUGGUACAAACCAGCAUCUGCAGUUCUUCGUUCCUAUUCCAUAAUUUUCUAUCCUGCACUGCAUCCAAUCCAACUCAUUCAUCAUUCCUUUGCUCAUUUUUCUGCAUGUUUCUUUAUCUUGAGAACUGAUUCUUUGGGAGUGUAAAGAAAGUGUUCAGAACAGACAGGUAAAUGAUCAAUUAUUCCGUUCUGCUGUAGGUUGACGUAGCAGUACGUUACCCUCUGUACCUCUGUUUCCAACAGCAUCCGAUUCUUUCAUCGGACUCUCUUUCAAAACACGCAUUUGAAUCACUUUGACACAAAGCUUAAAAGGUUAAGGUAUCAAGAAUAUUUUUAGCUGCAAGAAGUGGCUGAUGAAGAACACCAACAAAAUGAUGUUCUAGAACACAAUUAAAAUGUUUAACAAUUGGUUAGCGAUAAAAAAACACUCUUUGAAGUUAGAAGAGCAAUUUAAAUAAUUUUUAUAUGCUUCAUCAUACUGGGUAUUUGGUAAGUCUAAUAGUCUAAAGUUGAUUCCUUAGAUGUUACGUACAUGGUAUUUAUGGUUAAUUAAAUUUAAGAUUUGUUUGAAUUCAAGCUGAAUUUAUUUGGCACAGGAAUGGGAUUAACAAGGCCAAAUUUUAUCUGUCCUCAAGAUAGCAUGAUUGAGAUUAGAUUUAAAAGAACUGAAGUAGGAAUCUUGAUUUGACAUGGCUUGCUAACGUCAACUUGUGUCUCCUGUAGCAUCUUAGCAAUUUAGUUUAUAAAGGUCAUAUGUUAUAAAUCUUCUGAGACAUUCAUUCAGAUACCAAUAGUACAUUUAGAUACCAGUAGCUGAGCGGUACGUAGGUACCUGUACUAACAAAUAUCAAGAGUUUGCAGAUAGCUGGCUAUUGUUCACUCAGUUGCAAAGUGAUGAGUGCUUUCAAUCGAGCAGCGUAUGAAUGGACACCUUCUUAACUGAGCAAGUGGAUUUUAUAGAUAAAUGGUGUGGGUUGCCAAUUUUAUGUCAAGUUGUAAGGUGAAGUGUGUACAAAAUGUCAAUGAAUUGAGAAAUUAAAAUAGUUUUUGGUUCAGAAUUAUAUUCUAUUCAAAUUGCUUUUUGCUGGAUGAAUUUCAGUGCAAUAACCAUAAGAACUUUACUGGAGUGUUCUGAUGAUAGUGAAAUACUAUAAUAUCAUGUUGCAAUAUAAUUUUCAAAGUUAAACUAACGCAAGUCCACCUUUCUAUGUAAACUUUGUAAUUAACUGCAUGGUAUUAAUUGCAACAGUAAUUUGAGUUUAUUGUUCAGAAUUUGGAGGAGUGGUGGUGUUAAUGUUUGGCCACAACUUUUGUCAUCCCUGUAACUAUGGUGUCCACGAGAAACUUGGCUGUGCAGAGUCUUCAUUGCAUUCAUCUAAUGUUCCCAUUCUCAUUAUUUCCAUGCAUACUGGUAGUCACUAGCUAACGAUUAGCAUGGAGAUGGUCAGAUGAUAGGACUGUUUUUCAGGCAAUGUCCUUUGGCAUAGGAAUGGGAAUAAACAAGGCCAAAAUGUAUCUUUCCCCGAGAUAGAGUGAUUGGGGGGUACCCUUGAAAAACCACUCACUUUAGCAUCCAUAGCAUUUUAACUUAGAUGUCAAAAGUCACAAUGAUGCCUCACAGUCAUUUUAGACAGUACACGUAAAUGCUUUAAUCAAUUAAAUUCAAAUCUUUAUUUGCAACCUGAGAUGGUAAAUCUGACGAGUAGUAUAUUCCUUCAAAUAAAUUAAAAUUCUGAAGUAUUCUAUAUUCUUUGUGUGUGUGUGUAAAUGUUGAAAUGUAUUAUGUUGGUCCGUUAAGCAGCUCUUUUACCUGUUUUAAAUGUGGUUCGUUUUAACGUCUGUGUCUCGUUAUGUCUCCAUUUAAAUUUGGUCCCACUGGGUUUACAUGGAUUUAGUGCGAAAUAGUUCGAAAUAACAAUAAAUCUAUCGAAUAUAAAAUCCACAGAAUGUAACUUGCAAAAUGUCAUCAGUUUCAAUUGCAGGCAUUGAUACCAGAGACCUUUGCGCUGCUGUUCGGAUUAAAUACAGGCUUUUGCUAACUUUGUAGGAAAGAACUGCAGAUGCUGGUUUAAAGCGAAGAUCGACACAAAACGCUGAAGAAACUCGCUGGGCAGGCAGCAUCUUUGGAGAGAAGCAAUGGGUGAUGUUUCGUGUCGACCUGAAACGUCACUCAUUCCUUCAUUCCGGAGAUGCUGCCUGUCCCACUGAGUUACUCUGGCUUUUUGUGUCUAUCUUCUGCUAACUUUGUUCUACAACUAACCUGUGAUUCAGCUCUCAAUUUGUGAUGACACUGGAACAAAAUGGAAGUACUUUUCCUUCCCCAUUCCUGAGGAAACCACACAAUUUUAGCCGUUGAAGUGAAGCGAGCGACAUUGCUAGAAUACUAUAUAAUGGCAUUUUUCUUUUGGAAGUAUUUCUAUUUUGCAUUGAACUAUCCUAGGGAAGUGUUUGCCUGUUAAUCGAAAAAUAAGAAUGUUUUUAUUAAUUUUAAUCUCAUUCAUUUUAACAGUUAAGAACUUAAUUUAAUUUCACUAUUCUCAAUGUAAAUGAGUUGUCAUGUUGUUUAAAAUCACUUGUUCACUUUUGUCUCCAAGAUGUUACAGCCAUAUGUAUAAAACGAGUAUGUGUUUGCAAGGGUAUGGACGAAAAAUGGGGAGCAAAAGAUACUGAUCUUGUGAAAGGAAAUUGAUGUAUGCAUGGUUUGUCAAAGAUUAAGUUAUUCUAAUAAAUGUUUACUAGUGACCA